UGUUUUGUUAAACUAGCAUAAACACAACAAAGGCUAGCUGAGCGUGUGUGUGUGAGUGCGGUCCGGUCAUGAUAGCAAGGCAUGCUGCAUGAUAUACUGUGUCUUUGUCCUCGUGAGGACCAGUUUCAACCAGAAGUGGUUUUACGGCGCAUAAUGCUAAUUGCUCACAGAGGUGACAUGAUGUAAAACUGCCGGGUCAGCUUGAGCUGUUCGCGGCUGGCUGGUGAGGUUUUUCAUUUUUACUUUGUAGCUUUGUCGACAGGUUUAAUAAUCUGCAGGCGCUGAAAAGCGUCCGUUGAAGAGAAGGAGUUUGGGAAGCACGCAGCUAGCUUAACGCUCACAAUGAUGCUCCAGGACGGAUCCACUCAGCUCCUCUGCCUCACAGCCAGUAGCGGGGUUCCUCUUUUCACGAGGGGAGCUUCCAGACAGCUGCCUUUCUCUGUCAUUGGCUCCCUGAAUGGCGUUCACAUGUUCGGCGGUGGACAGGGUGUGGUGUUGUCAUGUUGUGAGACUGAAGGCGGGGGAAAGGUGGUGUGGCGGGUUUUUCAGGAAAGUGUUAUGCUCAUCGCAGUGAGUGCAGGUGGACCGGGCGGUGCAGGUAGCAGCAGCAAAGAGGAAGAGGCUCGUUUGCAGCGCCUCCUGGAGAAUGUGUGGAACUGCAUGGUGCUGGUGUUGGGGCAGGAUGAGCUGGCCAACAUGAGGAAUGUGGAGAGGAUCAAGAGAGACCUGCGCUCCUGUUUCAGCCUCAUUGAUCAGCUGUUGGAGGAGAGGCAUGAAGGUUUCCUGGGUAACCUGACGCACUGUGCUGAUUCACUUCUUCCCCCCAACCCCACUCUUGUUCAGGAGGCUGUGGAUGGAUUUGCUCAGGCUGCAGACAGUGAUUUUGGUUGCCUCCUUGUUCACGGGCGAAUAGCGGCAGCCACUGAGAAGUGGUGGCGUUUGGCACCGCAGGAAGUAGUGCUGCUCUCUGUGCUGAUGCGGUCCCUCUCAGCCUCUGGAUCAGCAUCUUGUGAUUACCCAGUUUUCCUUCCUCACGGCAGCCCCACUGUUGCCCAUCGCCUCCUCCGUUUCCAUCUGCUUCCUGGUGCAGAUGUAUGUGUGCUGUGUGGUCCCACUCCUUCUCUCCACAGAGCUGAAAGUGGACUGGUGGGUCGUUUUUGGUCACCACUGGUGGAGACUCUGAGAGACUGCCUGGCUGUUGGAGAACGCUGCUUGCCUGCAUCUAUAUCUCUGCGCCCUGACAUGCUGGCACUUCUUCUCAUCAAUCGUGAAACACGUCGGUCAGUCUCCUGUGUGCGGAUUCCCACCAAUCAUCCGCUCAGCGACCCUCCUUUACCUUCCAAGGCCCGCUGCUGGGAGCUGCUGAAGCUCUUCUACAGCUUCAGCAUGACACGCUACUUCAGCCAGGAAGAGACACUGUGUGUCUCCCCGGAGGAGAGGACUCAGAAAGGCAACACUGAAGACUUUGUUCUUGGAUUCACACACCAACCACUACAGUGUUACCUAGUUACAGAGGAGUGCAAAAGCUUUGGACUUCAGACCGCACAGCACCAGCUCUUCCUGGUUACGCCACCAUCAGUCCCCACCUUUGCACUGCGAACAGCAGCCACACAGACCCUCUCUGAUAUCGUCACAGCCACUGGGUUUUAAGUGUUUACUUUGCUAUAACAUCUCAAUCUAGGUUAACCUACUAAUCUACCACAUUUGACCCCAUAAUAAAUUCUCCAACAAGCUC